AUGGAAUUUGGCGAGGGCACGGCAAUGGCUGCCGAUCACCACGACAGUCAGGCAGCAUUCCCACUGGCAGAGGAAUAUGUCGUGGAGCCGACGACCACGGAGGAGAUGCACGAGCUACUUGACAUGAUUGUUAGCGCCUGUGACCAUCUGCAGGGUUUGAUACGCGAUCGCCUUCCUGUCACGCAGAGGGAGGUGUCGAAGCUUCGGAAGGCCUACUGGCUUGCAACGGGCGAGACGGAGAGGCUGCGCAGCCGCAGUGGGUCGAAAAGCUCCAUAUUUGGCAACGCUGACUGUGGCAGUGCAGGCAUUCAACCCCUGCACCCCGGCGUGGAGGGCCGCAGGCGGCAGGACGGGAAGAUCCUCGCGUGUGACUGCGCGCUACGACAGCUCGAGGAGUACGUGGGUCCGAGGCCCGAGGCGCAUACGUUUGACCACGACGAUGAUUCGGGGAAUGAGGGCGAGAGGAGCAGAAUGCGGCGCUUUUUUUGCGUUCCGGUCGAGCGCCGCCUCCAAACGCUUUUGGUUUCGGCGUUUCUGUUCUUUACACUUAUUCCUGUUUCCCUUGCGCUCACGGUGGCGCUGCUGCUGAAUUGGUGGACCAUGCCGUUCAUGGUGGCGUACCUCGUGCACAUCUUUACCUUUGGACAGCCCAGGCAUCCGUUGAGGAAGCAUACCGCCUUUACACGACUGAAGAUAUGGCGCCACUACGGCGCCUACUUCCCCGUGCGCCUUGUGAUUCCUUGCCGCGUGCGUGAAAAGUUUGAGCCCCAAAAGAACUAUUUUUUUGUUUACCACCCGCAUGGCAUACAUGGGUUUGGUGCGAUAGCGAAUUUCACCCUCGACGCGACGGUGAGCUCACUUCUUCCGGGCAUAAUUAUCCACGCGCAAACGCUCAAGCUCAACUUCUACAUUCCUUUUUGGCGCGAGCUGCAGCGUCUUUGCGGCAACGGGGACGCCAGUGAGGACUGCAUCCGCCGCACGCUGAGGUCUGGGCCCGGCGAGAGUGUUUUGCUGGUUGUUGGGGGUGCGAAGGAGAGUCUCCUGGCGAGCCCGCGAACCAACGAGCUCAGCCUGCAGAGCCGGAGGGGAUUUGUGAGAAUUGCACUGCAGGAGGGCUCCCCGCUUGUUCCUGUGUAUGCGUUUGGAGAAAAUGACGUUUACCGGAUUCCCCGUGCGGCGGGCUCCAGGUGGUGGAGACGCGUGAAUGCGAUCCUCCGCAAGGUUUUGUCCUUUGGUUUCCCCCUGUUUGUUGGUCGUGGCUGGUUCAAUUACUGCUUUGGUGUCCUGCCUCACCGCCGCCCGAUUUAUGUGGUGGUUGGGGAGCCGUUGCCGGUGCCAAAGAUCCCCCAACCGACGCCGGAGGACCUGCAGGAGUGGCACGACAAGUAUGUGGCGGCACUCAAGCGGCUUUUUGAUGGGUAUCGUGCCGUCUACGACGUGGAAUCCAGCGGCCUGCAUAUUCACUAA